AAAAAAUGUACUCGUAGAGAAAUGAAACCACACACAAACAAACAUACCACGUUAUUAUAAACAGAUCUAUUAAACAAAAAAAGAACCAAGAGAAAAAUAGACUCCGGAGUCCCCGCCGGCAUAGGCAACCUCGCCGGAACGACGGGUGCGAACGUCUUACCAUCACACACCUCUUACGCAAUCUCUCUCUCUCUCUCUCUCUCUCUAUCCUUCCUUUCUUUGUGUGUUCUCUUCUAAGCGAGCGAGGCCAGAAAAGCUGAGAGAGAGAGGGAGAGGGAAGGGCUCGCUCUCUUUCGCUUUGUUCUGUCUUGACUCCAACAUUCUCCUUGUCUAGAUAGAACCUUACCUUUCAGCUCUUCUUUUUCUUCUCUGUAAAUCUAGGGUUCUCUACCUGUCUGAUCGUCAGAAUAGUCUAUUUGUCCUGUUGCUUGCACUCAAAACCCUAACCUGUUCGCUCUUUAUCUACAAUCUAGGGUUUGCUUUUUUUCGCUCGGUUUUGGUUAUAUUAUGUUGAGGGGAGGCGAUUGAUAUACUUUGUCAUUGACAAGUGCGUUCUCAGCAGAGAAAGGGGAGGACAUGUAUAGAGAUCGAGGCGGCGGCGGAUCGAAGUCGGAGAUCGGUCCUAUCGAUCGUAAGCGGAUCAAUGAUGCCCUGGACAAGGUUCUGGAGAAAUCGUCUCCGUCGACGUCUAAGGGUUUGAACGGCAAGGACAAGGAUAGAUUAUCGGUCCCGUCCACCUCCGCCGGCAAGCCACCGCCUGAUCACAGACACAAUCGUUCUGCGUCUCUCUCCAAGAACAAGUGCUCCGAUGAGGAAUCUGAAACAGACAGUGAAGAGUCGGAUGUUAGUGGUUCUGAUGGGGACGACACAUCUUGGAUCUCAUGGUUUUGCAAUCUACGAGGGAAUGAAUUUUUCUGUGAAGUCGAUGAUGAGUACAUUCAAGAUGAUUUCAACCUUUGUGGACUGAGCAGUCAAGUUCCCUACUAUGAAUAUGCACUUGAUUUGAUUUUGGAUGUUGAAUCCUCUCAUGGUGAUAUGUUCACGGAGGAACAGAAUGAAUUAGUUGAAUCAGCUGCAGAGAUGCUUUAUGGGCUGAUUCACGUCCGAUAUAUUUUAACUAGCAAGGGAAUGAAUGCAAUGUUGGACAAGUACAAGAACUAUGACUUUGGGAGAUGCCCAAGAGUUUAUUGCUGUGGACAACCCUGCCUUCCAGUUGGUCAAUCAGAUAUUCCUCGGUCAAGCACUGUGAAGAUCUACUGUCCAAAAUGUGAAGAUAUUUACUACCCAAGAUCAAAGUACCAAGGCAACAUCGAUGGAGCUUAUUUUGGAACCACAUUUCCUCAUCUCUUCCUAAUGACCUAUGGGCAUCUCAAGCCACAAAAGCCAUCUCAGAGCUAUGUUCCAAGAAUAUUUGGCUUCAAAAUCCAUAAGCCAUGAUGCUGGAGUUGCUGGGUGCAGUUGUUUCAAUGGGAAUUACAAUGUUUCAACUUCAACAUUUGAGAUUUUCUUCUUACUUAAGUUGGGAAGAAAUGGUUCUCGAGACCAAGUUACAGUGCGGAAGUCCCCAGAAGUAUUACAACUGGUACUGGUUCCACCUCAUUACAUAUUGAGGUAAAUGUUUAAAAGCAACUUGGCCUAUCCAUCGGGCUAUUAUUUCUUUUAAUUUAGCCAUGUAUUCACAAAGCAUUUGCAGUCCUUUUCUUUCUUCCUUUUGUCCCCUUGGUAAGUGUUUGAGAUGCCCUCCAUAUUGAGUUAUUUGGUCUUGAUUUCACCUUCCUCUUUUACUUUACCCAACCCACCCAAGACCAUUGGUCCCUCAAGAUCUCCAUCCUAGUUCCAGGGGGGAUGGCCUUGCUUUCCUUUCUAAUGGUAGUCUUAUUUUGCCAUUGUUCUUUACUUAGCUGUCUUCUAUGCUGAUGCUUUUAUGAAACUUGGUUCAGGCAAUUUGAUGUAUAACACUUAAUUAUCAGCUUAAAGCAUUAAAUGUUCAAUUUAAAGAGAUUAUGGAGAGUGGGGAAGUUGUGCAUUAAUACAGUGGAGAGGUUUUACUCGUGGUAGUGGCGAGUUAUGUGUC